UUUCUACAAACACGUGUUUGUUCUCGACAACAUCGCUUACAAUCAUCUUUCAGCGGCUGUUUUAGAUUUUGUUUCUUGGAAGAUUUUAGAUGUGUUUUACUAAAUUUUUAACGGAUGUAUCAUAUAAAUUUGCUUAUUAUCAAUCACUCUGUACUCCUAGGAUUUUAUUUAGGUCUUAUACACAAGUGCCACGUCGAAGGAAAAAAAAUUCAUGAGUAGUUUGUGACCAGACUAUUACAAGAGUUCAAAGCAAUUGAUUAGGAAAGUGUGGAACAGACAAGUUUGGACAGGUUCAGAAUUGUUCCUUGUCUUGAAAAAUUUGUCAGAUUAAUGAGAUCUGAAAGUUUAUGCCCAACUGUCGAUCAUUCAGCAUUUUAAAUUGAAGUCAACCCCACCAGUUAAGAUGAUGACUAGAAGACCCGAUAUUUAUUAUUAUGAAUUGGUCAAAUAUGUUCACCCACGCGAAACACUGCUUGAGGUUGGCUUUCCUUUAUCAGAAGGGGAAGAUAACAGGUUGUGCGUCAAAGGAAACAACUAUUUCGAAGAGGCAAAUAUUGAGAAGCAGAAGUGUCGUUGUCAGAAGACAGUUUCCCUUCUUAAUGAAAAUUGGUUUUAUGCACGGAAUUGUCGUUACCAUCCUCUUAAACUUGAUAAGAACUCCUGGCUGUAUAAAUGUUGUGGUAAGCCAUUCAAGUCUCCUGGUUGUGUAUCUAGUGCCUUUCACACUAGCUCGUUUAUUUCACUUUUUGGUUAUUGGUAUAUUACAAAACAAUGGAGUACAGAUAAUUUCAACAUCUUAGCUCUGGAUUGCGAAUUUGUAUAUACUCCAGGAGGCAUGGAAGUUGCUCGAGUGAGUUUAGUAUCGUUGAAGAAAGGACUUGUUUACGACACCUUUGUUGCACCAAACUACGAAGUUCUGGAUUAUAAUACCCAAUUCAGUGGCAUAAGACCAGAAGAUUUGAUAUAUGGGAAUGUUAAAACAUUGUCAGAAGUUCAGUAUGACCUUGUGUGUGGGUUUUUAAGCGGUGAUACUAUCCUCAUUGGCCACGGAUUGCAUUCUGAUUUGAAAGGCCUUCACAUCUGCCAUGAAAACAUAAUUGAUACAUCUAUUUUGUAUCCACACUUUAAAGGAUUUCCUUACAGAUACUCAUUGGAGUAUCUAGCUCAGGAAUAUUUGGGGAUUACUAUGCGCAAUGGUAAAUCAGGACAUUGUAGCAUUGAAGAUGCUGAUAUUUGUUUGCAGCUUGUAACUUUGAAAUGUGGACUUAAUCCUUUUUAAUGUUAUGCUACAAGAAUUUUGUGACUUCUUCUCUAGUAUUUAAAUCAUAUAAUUGAUUUUGAUUUAAAAUAAUAUUUUUGGGUACAUUUCUCUUUGCAAAUUUAAGUUUAUAUUUCCAAGUUGUUUGCCAGCUUCAUAAUUUUUGUAAGUCUUGAUAAUGAAAAUUUCUAUGUUCCUACUAUUAAUAUACUAUGUAAUGUUACAUAUAUCAAAAAUUUCAUUAAACUGGUACAACAAUUUAUACAAUUGUUAAAAAUCCUAUCUUUGAAAUUGUGUAUGUUUAAUAAAUGCUUCAUUUUUAACAAUCACUUUUGAUUUUAGUUAUAAAAAAAUUAUACUGUUGUUUUUUUUUCUUCUCAAUUUAAGAGAAAAAUUUUCAAUAAUAAAAUUGAAGUUAAACUAUUUUUUCACAAAAAAUACAUUUCGCUUCUUAAAAUAAUUUUGUAUAUAAUAUAUUAGACCCUAAUAAAAAAUUAUAAUAUCCAGCAAUAUUUGAAAUUUAUUAUUAGGCACUUGUUUGCAAAGUAAUGUAAUUAACAAGUAAAGACUUUAUUCUGAUUUGUAACAGCUUUAUAUCUGCCAGUAUAAUGUUAUAUAUUUGAUGCAUUUAUUUUGUUACCACAUUUUUUGAGUAUUUCCUUGUUGGGUAAAUGUCUGAAAUAUGUUUGGAAAUUGCAAAAUAGUAAUGAAAAAAAAAUUUUUUUUUUGCAUUGAAAUCCCUGCAUUUAAAAAAACAAUUGCUGUACUAAUUUUAUUUUACACAUAGCUUAGGUUUCAGUUUUAAGAGUUUUCAUUAACUUAAAAGUGAAAAACUGACAGUGCCUAGUUUUAAAAGUGCUAAAUUUUAAAAUUUACAUGUUGUGCUGUGCUUUGCAUUCAUGUACUAACUGCGUAUUUGCUCAUCAAUAAGGCAUAAUGUUUUGCUCUUUUAGGAUUUACUUAUUAGAAUUUUUAGAUAAGUUUUAAUAUAAUAUUUUGUUGCUUUUUUCUUUCUCGGUUUCUUCAUUUAUUUAGUUAUUUGGUCUUAGCAUUUUAAAUUGUAGAUUGAAUCUUUUUACUGAUAUUUAAAUAUUUUUAAAUUUAAUAAACUCUAAUCUUCAAUCAUGGAAAUUAAAGCUAAUUAGUUUUAGGGUACUAUUGAUGGCAAUUAAUUACUUUUAAUGAGUACCAUAACAUAAAUUAUGCAUUUGUAAAAUUCGAUAUUUUUUGUACCAUAUUAAUUUUGUCUACCAUAUUGAUUUUGCCAACCAUAUUAAUUUUUUGGACUACUAAGGGAAUAUCUCGAUGGUGCUAUUCGCUCACUAAAUUUCUAUGUUAGUGUGAACUUUUUACUUUGAAAUAUAUAAAUAAUAUUUAUAAAUUCACGAAGAAAGAAAAAGCUUUUAUUUAUUCUAUAAAUUCUAAUUAUAAUUCGAAUAUUAAUUCUUUAUUAUAUCCAAACUAUUUUCUGUAAUUUUAAAAAUAUAAAUUUUUUUGAGGUGCAAAUUGGCUUUAAUUUGCAAUUAAAGUUUUCUUUUUGUAUAUUUAUUUUAUGUAUUUUAGGUUGUACUAAUUUGUUAUUGUAUUGCUAAUUGUUAAAAUCAUAAUUUUUGUAAAUUUUGGUUCUUAUUUUAAGGUACAUGAUCUCAAAUCAUAGAACUUAAUUUUUAAUGUAAUACCAUUAUUUAAGUUCAUCAUUGUGUAUAUUUGGCAAAUGAUUUGUUUUCAGUAUUAAAUAUCCCUAUUUUGUUAUUCUUUAUAUAUAUGUAUAUAUAGAUAUAUAUAUAUUGCUCAUAGUGCUCUGUGUUCAUUCAAUGAUUUCUUUCAAUAUUAAUAAUUUUGUAUAUUGUAGUUUUAUAGGAUACAAAAGGUAUGACUACUUAUAAUGCAUCCAAGGCUUCUAUUUUUAUGUCUAAUUAUUGAUUUAUUUGAAAAACUUAAAAUUUGUUCAUUAUUUUUAAGACUGUAUGUCUUCCAGUUGUAAUUUCUUCUUGCUCAUUAGCAAGAGUGUUGUAUAAACCUAAAGUGUAUUAAAUUAAUUGCUGUUAGCCAUUACUUAUAAUUUACUUAUACAAUUUUACAGAGCAUGAAAUUUUUGUAAAUUAAUCGUAUUUUUCUAUAAAUUUGUUUAUUUAGUUGUUUGUAAAUAAAAUGUAUCUAUCUGUUGUAUAUAUUUUUUACCUACCUUGUUAAAUGUACUAAUUUUCACAAUAUAAUAUUUGAGACAAUUUCAUUUCAUUCAUUUUAUACAUAAUUAUGCAUUCAUACUAUUUAAUUAUCUUGACAACUAUCUUUAAUUUUCUACUGAAAACUAAUUCAGUAGUCCUUGACAAGGAGUGUCCUUGUGACUAUUUGUAAAAUGUGCCUUAUAAAUUUCAUUACUUUUAAUAUAAUGAUGAUUAAUUAUUUUAAAGUUAUAUGCGUGAUCUGUAAAUAAUGCUUUUGUAAUUUAUUUCUUUAAAACUUCAUGUAAAUGUGUCAUAAUAACAUCUUUCUUACUUUUAUAAUGCCUUUGAAAUGAGUUUCAAUAAAUUGAAGAACAGUCUUGAA